CUGUAUCCUGCUCUGUGUGUUAGCAACAACAAAAGUAAAGCCGGAGCAGAGUCCGCUGUCAGCAGCAUCUUCUCUCCCGUCCUCUGCCGCCGGGCUCAGCUGGCUGAGAGGAUGCUUAAGCAAAACGGAACCCGGAGAAGCGAAUGACAUUUGUUAGACGAUGGCACCCCAGUUCCCAUACGUACUCCCCAGUGGCCAGCUGUGGUGAUAUUGACAAUGCUUUUCAUCAUCUGACUUGCAGAUCAAUAACGGGGAAGGAGGAUGCAGAAGCAUGUUGCUUUAAAGUGUGACCUGCGGUGAACGGGGGAGGCAGAAAAGGAGGAGGAGGAAGAGUGAGGUGUAGGCAAGCAUUGAGUGAUCUGCCACAGCUCCCAGUAGGGGGCCCACUGCAAGCGGAGCGCAAUGGGCAACACGGCCACCAAGUUCCGCAAGGCGCUGGUGAGCGGGGACGAGGCACUGGCUUGGCAGCUGUAUGAGGGCAACCCUCAGUUCAGGGACGGCCUGGACCCAAACGCAUCAUACGGGGAGCAGUACCAGCAUAACACACCUCUGCACUACGUAUGUCGCCAUGCCAUGACUCGGCUGCUCAGGUCGUUCCUGUUCAGCAAAGAGGGAAACCCAAACAAGCGUAAUGUGCACAAUGAGACGUGCCUCCACGUGCUGUGCCAAGGCCCGCAGAUCCUGCUUCUGCCAGAGGGAGCGCUGUCUCCGCGGCUGGCCCGACCGCAGAGGGAUGAGCAGCGCCGCUCAGACUGCCUCCAGAUGAUCCUGAGCUGGACUGGAGCUAGGCUGGAAAGUGGCCAGUAUGAGAAGGCCAACGUGAACACCACCGACAACCACCACAGCACCUGUCUGCACUACGCUGCUGCUGCAGGAAUGAAGAGCUGCGUGGAGCUGCUGAUUCAAAGCGAGGCUGAUCUGUUUGUGGAGGACGAGGACAAGCUGACGCCAUGCGACCAUGCCGAGCGGCACCACCACACCGACCUGGCGCUCAGUUUGGAGUCACAGAUGGUUUUCUCCUGCGCCUCAGCUCAGCAGUCAAGCAGAGAUGCACACGGUGAAAGCCGCCUGAUGCAAUACAAGGAGCCUUACGAGGGACUAAAGAUUCAGGAUCUACGCCGACUGAAGGACAUGCUGAUAGUCGAGACUGCAGACAUGCUGCAAGCUCCACUUUUCACUGCUGAAGCCCUGCUUCGAGCGCACGAUUGGGACAGAGAGAAGCUUCUGGAAGCCUGGAUGUCUGAUGCUGAAGGCUGCUGCCAGCGCUCCGGUGUCACCAUGCCAACCCCUCCGCCCAGCGGCUACAAUGCCUGGGAUACAUUGCCGUCUCCACGCACCCCUAGGACCCCACGCUCACCUUUGACGCUCACUCUCACUUCCCCCACUGACAGUUGCCUCACACCUGGAGAGGAGGGCCUUGCUACGUGUGGCAUCUGUCUCUGCUCCAUCUCAGUUUUUGAAGACCCGAUUGACAUGUCCUGUGGUCAUGAGUUCUGCAGAUGCUGCUGGGAGGGGUUUCUUAAUGUAAAGAUUCAGGAAGGCGAUGCUCACAAUAUCUUCUGCCCAGCCUAUGAGUGUUACCAGCUGGUACCUGUUCAUGUGAUCGAGAGCGUGGUCUCUAGAGAGAUGGAUCAGCGGUACCUGCAGUUUGAUAUCAAGGCCUUUGUGGAAAACAAUCCAUCUAUCCGCUGGUGUCCUGCGGCUCGGUGUGAGCGAGCAGUGAGGCUCACCAGACCCGGCCCCGGAGACAGCGACCCCCACAGCUUCCCCCUGCUGCCAUCUCCAGCUGUCGACUGUGGCAAGGGUCACCUGUUCUGCUGGGAAUGCCUCGGUGAGGCCCAUGAGCCAUGCGAUUGUCAGAUGUGGAGGAACUGGCUCCAGAAAGUCACAGAGAUGAAGCCUGAGGAAUUGGCAGGUGUGAGCGAGGCCUACGAGGACGCUGCAAACUGCCUGUGGUUGUUGACCAACUCCAAACCAUGUGCCAACUGCAAGUCGCCCAUUCAGAAGAAUGAGGGCUGCAACCACAUGCAGUGUGCCAAAUGUAAAUAUGACUUCUGUUGGAUAUGCCUGGAGGAGUGGAAGAAACACAGCUCAUCUACGGGAGGCUACUAUCGCUGUACUCGCUAUGAGAUCAUUCAGCAGCUAGAAGAGCAGUCCAAAGAGAUGACUGUGGAGGCAGAGAAGAAGCACAAAAGUUUCCAAGAGCUGGACCGUUUCAUGCACUACUACACUCGCUUCAAGAACCAUGAACACAGCUACAAGUUGGAGCAGAAGCUCCUGAAAACGGCUAAAGAGAAGAUGGAGCAGCUGAGCAGAGCCCUGAUUAGCCGUGAGGGAACUCCUCCAGACACCCGGUUUAUUGAGGACGGUGUGACCGAGCUGCUGAAGACGCGGCGCGUGUUGAAGUGCUCUUACCCUUACGGCUUCUUUCUGCAGCACGGCAGCACGCAGAAAGAGAUAUUUGAACUUAUGCAGACCGACCUGGAGAUGGUGGUAGAGGAUUUGGCUCAGAAAGUCAACCGGCCGUACCUCAGAACGCCACGGCACAAAAUAAUCAGCGCAGCGCGGCUGGUGCAGCAGAAGAGGCAGGAAUUCUUGGCGUCAGUGGCCCGCGGUGUUGCUCCAAACGACUCUCCUGAUCCUCCCCGCAGGAAUUACCCUGGGGGAUCAUGGGAUUGGGAGUACCUCGGCUUUGCAUCACCUGAGAUGGGAAGCCGUCACUCUGUACUGGGACCAGGAGAUCACAGAGAGAGACAGUCACAGGAUUACGCUGACAUCCAGUACCGUCGUAGACACAGACCACGGCGCAGAGGAGACAUGCUGAGUCUGCACAACCUCCGAAGCAGCAGCAACACGCCGGAGACCAGCAGGAGGAGUGAUAACACAGAUCCCACAGAAAGAACCGAAGGUCGCAGAAGAGCGCUGGGCUCCCUCGACGAAGACGACCCAAACAUACUUCUCGCCAUCCAGCUGUCGCUCCAGGAUUCCCGGAGGGAGCAGGGCCUGGAGGGAGGAACGGAGCUGGAGCACGACGGAGGACUGGAAAGGAGGCCGGGUCCUGAUCUGGCCGACGCUUCCUUACACACGCUUAGCAUGGAAGAUCCUCCAGGAGCCCGAGGUUCAUCCUUUCCCACCUCCCUCCUGGAUCCUCCGCGGCCCCCAAACAGGACAGACUCCACCUCACAGCCAUCUAUUCUAAGCUCCCUCCCCCUGCCUCCCCCUCCUCCCACCCUCAGCGCAGAGCUGCUGGAGCUGGGAGACAGCCUUAUGAAACUGGGGAACAUAACCACUCCUCACAACAUGGACACAGAGCCUACAUGCAGCCACGGUGCGCUGACCGCUCCUUCCAGCGACUGCAGCCACAGAGUAGACCACAACACAUCAGCUCAACGUGUGCUGGAUCAUAUCUCAAUCACAGAUCCUCAUCCUGACAGCAAAGAGCAGAGCUACUGUAGCUCCUCUGUUUAUUCGGCUGAGGGUGAACACCCUCCCUCCUGUGCACUGGACUGCACUCAUAACCCCCUUCAUGCUAGUCUGUAUAACCGGGGUCAUAACACAGGGGACUGCUCCUACCAGCCAGGUAACUCCUACACUGCAGAGCAUCCUUCCACCUAUGCUCUGGACCAGCCGCCCAGGCCAGAGCUUCAGCCUCCCAUCCAGUUGUGCCUCCCAUCACCAGAGCCAGAGCCAGACCUGCUGCUGUCCCCAGUUAUUCCGCCGGGGGCCCCUUUCACUCCCAGUGACCCUCAGAGCCUGGAGGCUUUGGACCCCACAGCAAGCGCUCAGCUGCUGGACAACAUCAUGGCCUGGUUCAACAACAACAUAAACCCCCAGAACAACCCGCAGAACCUGGCUCUCAUCCCGUCCCCGCCUACCACAGAAACUGACUCCUCCCCCGACACGCACACCGAGGCCGAGAGGGACAGGACCAGCGCCCCAGUAUGGCAGCCCCUGGAGGGCAAGCCUGACGCAGCGGAGGGCAGAGACACCCCAAAAAGGUCAAGGCCCGACUCUCUGGAGCUGGAAAAUAGAGACGUCGUGGAGGAGGGUGUGAGCAGGGGGUGUGUGUCGGACCUGUCGCUGGACGAAGUGCACACACACCCGCGGUCACACAGCCAGCACGGGGACGGCCUUCCUCACUCUGGCCCAGCCACAGAGGGGGACGCAGACGCCGUGCUGCAGCUGGAGGGGGGAGGGUCACCGGCGGAGUGGGAGGAGCAGGAACACUUGGUGUGACGCAGAGAGGAGCGGUCACCGGAUGUACCAUACUGUAUUUAAAGAUGAUGUCACACACAGGCUGGAUUUAAGUGCUUUGCGUCUGCUUCAGAAACAGACGAAUUAUUCAUUCAGACAAAAUAAGUUUUGGAGAAAAAAGCUGUUUAUAUCAGAACACAUGAACCACUCCAUAGUUUUAUUUAAAUCGUUAAUUUUCCUCCUGCUUCUCGUAUUUAUGUUCUCUGUUUGUUAAGGAUGAAGGGUUGGUGCUGCAAUCCAAGCUUGCCUCAUGCUUUAAAACUCUCGGCUGAUUGAAUAGCUGACAGACGACCCUAAACUCGUUCUAUCCCAGAGACCACAAUCAGAGAGGUGUCCUUCGGAUACCUGUGCCUGUUGUUGGUGCCAACACUGCCUCCUCACAGGAAGGUAUUUGCUCAAAGGCACUUCUAAAGGGCGGAUUAUACUUCUGCAAUCGCACACAUCAAAUGUCGCUUGGGUCUGGUUGCAAAACAGUUUUGCUGGUAUGCUUCGGCAACGUUGGCACGGAAUUUCUAGGGACGCACAGAAGUUUCCCG